CGCUGGGCGGGCGCCGGCUGCCGGCUCCGGCUGAAGGAGGAUGGUUUUACCCGGGACUCUUCCGGAGCACUAGCACAGACACUUUUGCCGCCGACAGGCGUCUGCAGCGCUCAUCUGAUGCAAUGGUGGGAUCUGUUGCUCAUCUGGUGGCACCGCAGCACUGCAAGAUCAGUUGCAUCGGCUGCAAUCAAGUUUGCAGGGUCGAGACAUGGGAGGAUUGAGCAUGUCCGUGUAACUGUGCGUGCUCUUCAGCGUUUCUUCUGACCGCGUCUCUUCCUCACCCGCACACAUUUUGCUAGUUCCCGCUUUUGAUUGCCAAAUACACAAGCCCUCCGCAUUCAUAUCAUUCAUCUUGCUUUGGGAACUAGCUGGAAAGACCAUGCAUCGAUUUGUCUUGGUUGCCAAGCAAACUGCGGCAAGCCUGGGCUGCAAGGGGCCGGGGGGCUGCCGGCGAGGAAGGAGGGAGGGCACGGCGCGCUGGAGCAGCGCUGCCAAGGCCUCUGCGGUGAAGAUCAGCGAGAAGGCGAGCAGGGAGAAGAUCCUGACGCUGGAGUCCAUGAACCCACAAGUGAAGGCGGUGGAAUAUGCGGUGCGGGGCCCCAUCGUCCUCAAGGCCGGCGAGAUCGAGAAGGAG